CAAGGGAUUGUGGGUAGUCAAAUCUCUGCCGAGUUGCGAGUAGAGAUUUUAAAACAAAAAAGUAAAAGUGCAGCUCCAUCACUUGAUAUUGUACAGCUUAAGGCGCAGUUACUCGAAGCAACUCGUUCAAAGCAAACUAAAGAGUGAAGUGCGUGGAAAUACACAGUGGUUUUAGUGACAGUGUUUGACCUUAACAUGGGUGAGGUCAUGUUUGGUUAAUGAAAUUGUCCUGACAUAUUGAAAAGAUGGAUGAUCAAGAUCACAGUGAGGGAAGUCCUAGCCCCCGUAGCUCGAGUAGUUCCGAGCCCUCCAGCCAGGCUGAUGUCCUAACGGCUCAGCUCUUGCUGAAGAAGGGGAAGCGCUAUGCAGCCAGGUAUCUGCGCGAUGAGUGCUUGCGGGCGAUGUCUUCCCAGGACUCGCAGGGAACGCCAGCUAAGGUGUUGCCGGAGCUGCUGGAUUUACUGCUGAAUCCAGCCAUGCGCAUCAAGAACUUGGACACCAUUGACUGGCUGAAAUGGCUGAUGGCUGCCGGCCGGACGCCGGAUGACUUUUUUAAUACAGUUCGGCGGUAUGACAAUGCGACUACCUGUGGGCUGGUGUGGACCGCCAAUUUUGUCGCUUACAGAUGUCGCACCUGCGGUAUCUCGCCGUGUAUGAGUCUGUGUGCGCAGUGCUUUCAGGAGGGGGAUCACGAGGGUCACGAUUUCAAUAUGUUCCGCUCGCAGGCAGGAGGAGCCUGCGACUGUGGGAAUUCGGCUGUCAUGAAAGAAACUGGGUUCUGUCACAGACAUGGGUCACAGGCGCAACUCAACAAACCUGAAGUACCUCCAGACCUAUUGGCCAUAGCCGAUGCCAUGAUGCCUAGGAUAUUCUUAAGAUUUAUUCAGCAUUGUAGAGAAAGCAGUUCGUUACCACCCAAACAGGUGCAAGAGGCUAUGGAGGAUUCGUCGUUAUAUUUAGAUUUAUUACAAGAUCUUAGUCGUCUCGGUGCUGCCAUGAGAAGAACGAUGACAAAAUCGUUAUGUAAUCCCAAAGUUUACUCCGAACUAACUCAACCUUCGUCUCAUCAUGUAAAUAACGAAUAUCUUAGCCAAAGUAAAAUAUUUUACGAAGAAGCCAUCAAUAGUAUACCUUUCGGUGAUGUUCCCCCAGGAUAUGAAGACAUUGCAACGUUAAAUGGUCCUCUCAUACACAAGACUUUUUUAGAUGAAAUUGUGUUUUGGACUGUAAAAUUCGAAUUUCCCCAAAAAUUAGUAUGUUUAUUGUUGAAUAUGUUACCAGAUACUGAAUAUGAGGAUGCAUUUGCCAGGGCGUUUGUGCAACACUAUAGUCGUAUUUCAGUCAUGCUUGUACAAAGUAAAGACUCCGAAACCCUCAGCAAUCGUGUAGUUCACGUUUCAGUUCAGCUCUUCUCUGACCAAGACCUGGCGUAUCGUAUGACGGACUCCUUUCAUCUCCUCCACAUCAUGAUUGUUAGUCUCAAAAACAUGAUGAAAAAUAUCUGUAUUCCAUCAACUCUUCAUGAUAAAAGAAGAAAUACUCACAAGGUUGUGAAGUGCGAGGACCACGUAAUGAAGAACCACUGUUAUUGGCCCUUAGUAUCUGAUUUGAAUAAUGUCCUUUCUCACAAACCCAUUGCUGUCAAGUUCAUGAGUGACCCGAUUUUGAUACAGGAGUGGUUCUCCUUUCUCUCAAUGUUUCAAGGAAUGAAUGUCAACGUUAGAGAAUUAACACACCACGUCGAAUUUGAACCUCAGACGUACUACGCUGCAUUUAGUGCUGAACUCGAAGCCUCGGCCUCUCCCAUGUGGGCGUUGGUGUCUCAUUUAAAGGACUCUGAAACAAAACACUACACCUUUUCCGUUCUGAGGCAGUGCCUUCACGCCCUAAGCAACUGGUUCAAUGCUGUCGGAUUCGCACGUUCUGAUAUGGGUGACCCGUACCAAGUUUCGUUUCACUUGCCGUUACACAGAUAUUAUUCAGUUUUCAUGUGUCAAGCAGUUAGAGCUCAAGGAGCACAGUUAGCAGACGUCUUGCCACCUCAAGAUUUGUUGCAUCUCAUCAUGGUGCACCCGCUAAGAUUGCAGGCUGCUUUUUACGAAAUUCUCAGCGGUAUGUGGGUCCGCAACGGACUUCAGAUCAAAGGUCAGGCCAUGACCUAUAUACAGUGCCACUUCUGCAAUUCCAUGGUAGACGCUGAUCUCUAUCUCUUGCAAAUCUGUGCUGGAGAACUUCCUCCUGACAAUUUUAUCAUGACAGUCUUAGACAGAUUUCAUGUGCUUGAGUCGCUAAGCUUGUCACCAAGAGCAUCUAAUAGUUUUUUAGAUUCAGAGCAUGAGGUAGGAAUCUUGGAGUCCUGCCUCACCUUCUUAGCGACACUUAUGACUGUGCGAACCAAUAUAGGACUUAGUGAAAGUGAGCUGGCUCAGCUAGAAAUGGUAACGCUACUCUGCAUGGGAGACAAGACUCACUCCCAGCUGAUGGAGUACAUGCCUGAGAAGUGUGGUAGUGCAGCACAAAGUAGAGAUUUUGAAGCUGUUCUCAGCAGAGUAUCGUCUUAUAGAGCACCCAACUUUGAGGCUUCAGGAACUAUGCAGCAAGGCAUGUACAUCCCUAGAAAUCACGUGUGGGAGAAUUUGUACGAUCCUAUUUAUGUUUUGUUGAGAGCUGUGCAGCGAAAGGAUUUCCAAGCUUCUCUGGAUAGGUUUAAGUUAUUUUGCAAACAGUCUGGCAACAUUAGUAAUUCGGGUAACUUGUGGCCUCCAUUUCGUCUUCCAUCUAGUGUAAGAAGCCCAUAUACAGACCCUCAGAGAAUUAUAGGUUGUCGAAGUUUUCAUGCUGUGAUUUUAGUUUUACUCUAUAACGCCCUCAAUGAAAUCACGACGAAUGACCAUCUGCUGUCAUUAACCAUUUAUUUAUUGGAGUUAACAGUAGAGUACCAAGCCAAACAUCAAGCACAAGGUGGCGAGGUGAUGGCAGCUCCCUUUUUUGAAGGUGUGACAGAACCAGAUGAUGACAAGCCAGAUGGACAGUUCAGCAAAUGGUUUGCUUCGGACGACAUAUUCACCAACGCUAAUACGGUAGUUUCAAAGGUUCAUUUAAACCCAACCCCGUCGAUAAGUUCUUGUUCGGAUGCCUUCCUUUAUGCUUCAGGAGACCCUUCAGAUUUAGAGGACAUGGAUGAGAUUGAGGCUGGAGCCCCAAGAUUAGCUCUGCCUGGUGCCCCUCAGCCUCGCCCUCUCCCUUUAGGGUCGGAAUUGGUUGUCUACCAGCAAAAUGUGUCGGCAGUUGUCCCUUUGGGAGAAGUACCAACCACUCCAGAUACCCCAACUCAAGACCAAGUGCCUCCCUUAGCUCUGCCGCCACCUGUUGGAACGCCUGCAUCUCCUGUGUCAUCCCCAGUCAAUAUGUUAGUUCCUCUUGUUGACACUUCGACAGCGGAUGGUGUUUCUUCACAAGCUUCCCUGCCGGCUCCAACCCAAUACCCACCACUCUUAGCGGGAACGGAAGUAGGCAGGCGAGGCAAUGGGAGGAGUGGCAGUUCUCGCAGUAGGAACCGUCUCAAUCCAUCUUUUGCGUUGAAGCCCCAUUUCAACCGUUCUCGGCGCCCAGCAGGACCGUCUAAUGCUCUUUUACCUCCUGGCAGUACAUCUCCGCCGCAGCUUCAAGCGGGGGACCAAUACGUGGCCAUUGAAGACUCAAUCAUUUCCCUACUCAUCAAACUGCAUUCAAAGUUAACAGGAAAGCCAAAUUCAUACCGUCCAAACUUCGAAGAUAUGUCCGACUCCAGGAUAGGAGACGGACCUUUCUUCAUUGCUAAGUUGCUCAAUAAAUUAGGUCGCCAUGAUCUCUCUGCGAAAAAAUGUAUUUUGGAUACUAUAGCGAGACUUUACUGCAAACGGGAAGAGGAUUCUUCGGCAUCGUCGGAGGAGGAAGCUCGGGCCAGGGAGGAGAAACGGAAGCGAGCGAAGGAAAGACAGAAGAGGGUGAUGGCGGAGUUUGCGAAUCGUCAGCGUCAGUUCAUGGAACAGAACAAAGCGGAGGCAGCCGAAGCCGAAGCAGGUGUGAACGAUGCCAUGGAGGUUGAGGAACAGGAGCCGGAGCGGCAGAAGGAGUACGACUGUGUGAUAUGUAACCAGUCCAUACCGUCGACUCCAGAGAGACCUGUGGGAUUAGUAGUGUUAUUACAGGCCACUAGCGUCUUAGGCCAUAGAACAUCAUCCCAAAAACCUCUAAGCGUUCCUACAAGUGACAGUGAGAGAAUCAGAUUGAAGCAAAGGAGAUAUACAUUAGGCCAGUACAUGGAGGAAAGGGCAGAUACCUUAAAUAGGCAUUUUGAUAUUUAUUAUUAUUUACAGAAUUCUUGGUUAGCAUCUAUGAACAUUGGCUGGGAGGGUGGCGUACAUGUGCAGACUUGUGGUCAUCACCUGCAUCUGGAUUGCCACCAGUCGUAUCUUCUUGCUCUUCGUUCUCAGCAUCGACCAAAUAAUACCCUCAAUGUGGAUAAAGGAGAAUAUUGGUGCCCCUUGUGUCGACAGCUAGGAAACUCUGUGCUGCCCAUUUCUCCAGAGAUAGGCGAUCUCUCGGCUUUAGUUAAACAUCCCUCCACCUGUGAUAGCGAUUUAGUUGAGGAGGUUGAUAGAUUACUUAAUGACCUUACUGUUCCGACUUUCAGUAGUUCCCUAACCAAUGCCAUGGCACACAUGAUGGAAGACAUGACUGUUGCAACGUAUGCCAAGUACCGAAACGUUUCCACAAACCCUUCUACUCCGUCCUUGUUUAUGUUUGUUUCUUCGAUACUGAGGACUAACUUGGAGGUGGAGUUGGUGCAGCGAGGCGGUUCUUUAGUGUAUCAAGCUCAAGAUGCCAAAAUGGACGUCAAGAGAUCUUGUCUUAUGCCCCUACUGCACGUGCUUGGAUUUCACUCCAAGAUCUUAAAUGGAGGAGGAGAUUAUAAUGCUGGUGGAAUUGGUGGAGGAUUGCAUUGGAUUAGACAGACUUGGGCUUCCAUUUCUCAGCGUCCUGUAACGGGAAGUGAAGGGGCAGUUACUCCAAGAGAAAGGGAGGUACCUCUUUUGCUGCGGGACCCUGUAACUUUGCUGUUGCAGUUAGUCCUGCUUCUGCCAUCGAGAAUUGAUCAAGGUUAUCUGCGCUGUGUUGUUGCCAAUGUAUAUCGUGUGGCUGUGGUGGGUGCUGCUGUGUCUGCGCUCAGAGCACUGAAUGAGAGCCAGCGUGACCAAGCUACCAACACUGGACCCUUGGCGCCCCUUUUAGCACUAGCCCAUAAUACGUUACGUGAUAGUCCAUUUUUUUGUGAUGAUCAGGUAACCCUGCCAGACCAGCCUCAAGAUUCAUGGACUGUUAAUGAUGUCACUUGUCAGGUCCGAGAAACUUGUCUCCAGUUUUUGCGGAUAGCUGCGCUUCUAAAAGCUCAUUUAGCAGAAGAAAAUUCUCCUGUCAUAGCUGAUCCCAUUGCCGAGUGUGGUGCUCUCGAGCAGUACCUUGGUGUGUGGGAUACUUGUUCUGUAGUGAACUCUACAAUUAUGGGUAAUAUGUGUGGCACGUACCGGGCAAGUGAGGUGUCGAGCCCAGUGGAGACGAGAUUGGGUGACUUAGCUGGAGGCACAAGAGUCUGGUGUAGUGAAGUGGCAGCUUUUGCUUCGCAAGCGCAGGUGGCUGCUUCAACAUUACUCACCUCGGUUCACUUUUCACAGCCUCGCUUGUUGAAGCUGCCUCAUUCUUAUGAUGCUAUAUUUCAGUACUACCAUAGGAGGCAAUGUUCACAGUGCAACAGUGUGCCCAAGGACCCUAGCGUUUGUCUGUUAUGUGGCACCAUAGUUUGUUUACGAGAAACUUGCUGCAAGCAGCAGGAAAUCUGCGAGUGUGUGCAACAUGCCAUUGACUGUGGAGCUGGUACGGCAAUCUUCUUAGUCAUUAACUCAUCAACUGUGAUAGUAAUUAGAGGCCCAAGAGUGUGUCUUUGGGGUUGUGUUCAUCUAGAUUCCUUUGGAGAGGAAGACAGAGACCUCAAAAGGGGGAAGCCUUUGUACCUGAGUGAAGACCGAUACCACUUACUGGAACAGCAGUGGCUCUCUCAUGGCUUUGACCAUACCAACAAGAGGUGGAUUUGGCACAGAGACAUCCUUUGAGGCACAUGACAUAUGCACGAGGCAUCAUUCCUUUGUAUGAGUUGGCAUUAAACGUAUUUAUAACAGGUUUUAUGGUCAGUGGUAAGAGAACUUUUUUCUUCAUAAAUUGUCUCCUGUCUUUUGAUGAGUGUGUUGAAAAUUCAAUGCUGGUAAUGAAUAAGCACAACUCGGUAAGCGUACAGCAUGUGUUUUAAGAAUUGCAUCUACAGUACAGUAGUACUGUGUAUGGACGGUGAAAAUAUUUUAAAUAUUUAGUUUUCAUUUUUACAAGAAGCAGCGGUGAAUGAGAGUUUUAGUGGUGCAAUAUUUUUUUAAUUGUUCUUAUUAUAUCCUGGAGAGUUGUGCAACAGUACUGAUAAAAUGCCGAGGUUUCACGGCUACUGUGCUAUGAAAGUGAUGAUGUCACUCAUUUUAUAGGUUCUGCUUUAAAUGACUGCAGAUUUAUCUAUUAUUAUCUAAUUGCCAAUACACACUGUAAGGGUAUAUAUUUUUGGUUUAAUGAAAGUGCAUAAUUCUAUUUAUUUAUCCUUCAUGUCAAAUGUGAUAUUACAUGUAGCUAUUUUAAAUGAAGUCUGUGAGCUGUCUACAUAUGAAUGUAGCAGGGUUUCUUAUUCUGUACUCUUUUCUUUUUACUCCCGCUGAUGAAUUAAGAUUUAAGUUCGAUAAAAUUUUUUGUCAGCUUUUAUGCCACAUGAGUCUGGUUUCUAAAAGUAUGUCGCAUAUUGUCAGUUAAGUCAUUUCAUUGUCAAUACAUAUUUCCGUUUCCCUUUCAAAUUCCAGUUCACCAUCCCUCUUCAUUUCUCAGCUUAAAAAUGUUAUGUUCGAUUCAGGUCUUUGUCCUUUUCCCCAUCACAAAUUUUCCUUUCCAGUGAGCAGUGAAUCCUUUGCUUUGAUUACUGUCAGGUAAAUAUGUUGAUAUUUUUGUCACUGUAGGUUGUAAGUUGUUGGGUAUUAAUUGCAGAUGUAUUGCAAAUUGCAAAUUAGCCAAAUCUAGAGUCUUGAACGGGGUCUUGAUUUUUUAUGUUUGAAAUCGAGGCUUGGUAAAUUUUGGUUGUUUGGUUUCCACUUGGAGUCCUCUACAUAAGGACUUACACUUUUAAUUUCCUUUUUUUUUCCAUGUCGAGUUUACUAAGUGUGAAGUAAGAAGCGCUCAAGUAACGUUAAGUAAUGUUAUUGUUGUAAAUUGUAUAUAAUUUACUGUACACUUUGUAUAUUCUUGUAUUUUACUGUAAAUAAAAAUCAUAUCUUAAGUAUAGCAAGAAUCCUAUGGUUUAAAGUAUGAUUAUGGUUCAGCAAUACUGUAUGCACAAACGCUUUAAUUAAUGACAUAGUUUAUUUAUGCCACUCCUGAUAUUUGUUUUGAAGAUAAACAUGAUACUACCCAGUACUGUAUGUCAAAUUUCAUUUUUGGAUUAUGCCCUACUUACCAGAAUUACAUUUUGAAAACAAACAGUUUGAAUGCUAAAUUUAUGUAGAGAGAUUAUCCUGAUAUAACAUAAAAGCAAAACUAGAUCCGACAGGGUUUAGAGAAAAUAUGUCUUCGUCUGUAAUGCCAACUUCUGACUGGUGGCAGGCUACUUACUUGAGAAAAUUGGAGAAAAUUAUAAUGCCUUCACAGUGUACUAUGCCUAAAUUGUUUUUUUCUGUCAGGUGUGCAUGUUUUCCCUAUUUCAUACCAUCCAGAUGUUUUCUCUGCUAAGUAUUGGCAUCUCUGUGAUUCAUUUUUCAAUAAAACUGACUAAGAAUACUCAGAAAAUGAAGGGAUAAAAUAGGGCUGUUUGCAGUUUUCUUGUGCAUGGACAUUUUUCGAUGUUUCAGGAAAGCUGAAUAAUAAAAACCAGGACAUAAUAUGAUAUUGGCUGAACAUUUUAGUUCAUUACCUUUUUAAAGGGAAAUUUAGUGCAUGUUUGUUAAGCAGUCCUUGCUCAGUAGAAGUUAAAUUUUAUGUAUAUACUAUACAGUUUAUAUACACAAUUUUCCUUAGUUGCGAUGAUGUUGCAUUCCUGUUGAGCUUUGUGGUAUAAGUAGUAGAACAGUAGAAAUGGAAAGCUGGAACAUUUCAGUUGAUUGGCAAAUCACUCCAUAUAUUACUCAGAAUCUGAGCACAUUCUUAUGUCAUGGUGAAUUGUAUUUUCGAAAAAUUUCAAUAAUCUAAACAGUAACAAAGCAUGAGUAAACCAAUAAUUUUUGUAAUAAGAGGUUUGAUACUGAUAAAUACUAAAGAGAAAAAAGUGAUAUGUUACCAGUGUUGUAGAAAGCAAACCCAGAAUACUAACAGAAAUAAAGCAUUCUUUGAAAACUGCUGUAAUACAAGGGUAAGGCUUAAGGAGGACAAGAAAAACUUAAGAGACAGCUCCUUGUGUGAACUAUAAACUGUUUACAAGUAUAUGUUGCCCAAAAUAACUUUUUUAAGCAGCCUUUAUGGAAUCAAGGUGGUUAAUGAGAUGGAUAUGAAAUGUAUUUAAUCAAUAUUUCAUCUCUACUGGAUGAUGUUUAAAGGUAAUUUAACCAAACUACAAUUAUACAUUUCAUUCUCAGAGGAGUUUGUUAUAUAGCAAAAGGUGAGCACUUCAGUAAGGCAGAAUUAAAGAAGUUGAACAGUUAAGUGGAGACAGAGUGGUGAAAUAAUCCACAACAGUGUGUGUUUCUUACAAAGCUGAUUGAAAUUAUCCAUGAGCAAAGUCAGUACAAAGUUACUGUUGAUGAAGUCCUCGUCAAAUAAAUUAGCUUUUGGGAGUCGGGUGGUCGAGGGAAACAUUAGGUCACCUUGACGGUUUGGCCUCAUGGAUUUCGUUAUGAAAAAAAAUUUGGAAAUAGAAGAGAAGGGUUAGAUUGGAGUAGCAAUAGUUAUCUUCAUGAAUGUGUUAUUUUUUAUUUUUUUUAAAAGCAGCUCCAUCAGUCCCCUUUUUCCAUAAUUUCCGAGGCUUCCUCAUAUCUGCUAAUUUUCUGACCAGGUCUACAACCCUUCUCGUCGCUGGCCCAAACCAUCGUAGUCUUUGAGACAUCAGUUGUGUCCAGCCUUGGUAUCAUAGUUCUACAGCAAUUCUUCCUUCAGAAUAUGGUCUUCUCACUAUAAUUUUCAGUGUCUUUAGAAGUGUAACAAAACCAUUUUGAAUUUUGAUUAAAUACCCUUGCACAACGAAUUAAAUUUUCAUUUCACAAAUUAUAUGAAGAUAGAAGUGUUAGAUCGUAAUGGGUUAGUUUCCUCCCCAUGUAGGCAUUAAAGCAUUGGGGAAGCUGGUGGAACAGCCAAAGACCUUACUACUGUUACAAGAUCAUAUGUAGGUAUUCCGUUCCCUGAAACCCAAUAUAAUCAAUAAAAGGGAGAAUAAAUGACAGGACCUUGAUUGCAACAAAUUAAAAAGAAAUGAAGCUCGGUGUUGGAAAAUGAAAUCGACUGUGUCAAAAGGAAUGACACUAAUUUUUUACUUUUCUUUUACUGUGCUACUGUAAUUGGGGACGUGUUUGACUUGUGGAUAUUCCAUGAACAGCCCACAUGAUCCAAUCUUUGUUUUAAAAAAAAAGUUCAAUCAAACAGUGGGCAGGCAGAAGAUGAAUUGGAAAUCAGAAUUUUUAUGGGAAAAUAAGAUAAUAACUUUGGGGCAAUCUAUGUUAUACAUUAUUUAUUUUUAUUUGGAUAGUAAAUCUAUAUCCUCACCAGUGAGUUGGAUGUCAGGGUGGAGUAAGAAAUUGUGUUCGUAGGGAGACCCUGAUCAACUUGCAAGCGCCUCGGUGGCGUGGUUGGUUUGGUGUUUCCUUCUCACCUCGGUGGUCGCGGGUUCGAUUCUCGGCCAUUCCAUUGAGGAGUGAGAGAUGUGUAUUUCUGGUGAUAGAAGUUCACUCUCGUCGUGGUUCGGAAGUCACUUAAAACCGUUGGUCCCGUUGCUGAAUAACCACUGGUUCCAUGCAACAUAAAAACACCAUACAAACAAACUGACCAACUUGCAUAACAAUAAUGGUACUUUGGAGAUUUGCAGAAGACAAAACUUAGAAAAGACGUAGAAUUUCACAGCGAACCUUUGCCUUGCUUAACAUUGGAGGUGAUGACUUUGCCAAGUAGAGUAUUUUUUUGAAAUACCAUCCUGCAGUUGUUUAUAUUUAACAUGUCUUGCCAUGCUUGACAGUCAAAUGCAAGACAAUGUUUCAAAAUUAGCAGUAUAAUAUCCUUUAAAUCCACCAUUUGUGAUGGAAACCUAGUUUGCACUGCAGGUUAUAGUAACUUACACCAUCAGCUGUUCAUGAGGUCAUAUUUCAAUAACCAACACCUUUGACUCACUUCUAAAGCAACUUCCUGUCACCUUGCUUGGCCUUAAAAAUUUUUUUAUUGUAUUUUUGUUUUAGUGUAUAACUUCAAACCACUAGAAGAUUUUCAAUAGUCUCAAAUUGAGCUUUUACAUCCAUUUAGUUAGUGAAAAGCGAGUGCUAUAUGCAGUGAUCCUUUAGGAUGAAAGUUUGGUGUCCUGUUCCAAGUUCGACUGUAGCUUCUGUAAUAGUCCCAAACAUUUUCCUUUGCUACUAAUGCAGUGAUGGCUACCUCUUGGCUAUUUAAUUCUGUUAUUAAAGUCAAACCCUAUUGGGUCAAGACUAUCCAAGUUGAAUAUUUUGACUUGAUGGUCCUCUGUGGCAGUUUGAAUUUGAAGUCAGUAUCCCCUGUUGUGGGUUUGUUCCUUGAAUAGAUUGCAUCUUCUGAAUAAUAAUAUAAUUUACUUGAAAGAGUAUAAUGAAUAUAAAAGUGUCCAUGGGUAUAAAGAAUGGAAAAACGGGCUAUUAAUUAGUAGGAACACUAAACACUUGACCCCCAGGUUCGGUUAACAACACGUUGAAACCCAGUUCAGUCAAUUUGAAAUUACAAAUGGAACCACAUUUGUGCCUUCUCACCCAUGCCACAUUGGACACAUUAUGGAUAUUUAGUAGAUACCCUCGGAACUCAAUUCUUGUGUUAUGCCAAGAAACCAGGGCAGCACUGAGUUUAUACCAGUUUUAAUGUGAAUGAUUAGACUUCAACCAGUGAAGCAUAUCAAGGUUAAUUUGGCCAGAUUCCAAAUAAUCUACUUUUCCAAAUUAUGUGAUCUUUCAAGUGCUACAAUGUACUAUGUAAAAUUAUAAUGUAAAUUUUUAUUCAAGACGAAGCCCCUCAGGCCAACUUUGUGAGGGUUGAGUGUUUGGACUGUGGUUUCAUUGAACUACUCAAAGAUGAUAAUUUUGUCAAUAAAAGUGUCCACAAUAAUAACUUAGACUGACAUUAUUGAGACCAACUGGUCACAUGUUUUGAAGACUCCUGAAGGAUUUGGUCAUCAGUGAGAGAGGAAAACUGGAGAAAGGUGAAGUCAGAGAAGGGAAUGGUCGAGUGAAAAAACACAAUUUGCUUAUUUUUUAUCUCGCUGCUGCUGCCAGGUAAACAUGAACAGCAGUGUCUAGGAAUUUAUGUUAACAUGUGUUUCUAAUUUGUAUUCCUCCUGUUUUGGUAUAUGGUAUAUAUUUGAAGCUAUGUAAAACAUGCUGUAUUUCUGACGUGAGUAGCACCUCAACUUAUCAGAUUUUUGGGGGGUCUGCUCUUUUUGGUGAAUAAAACAAGUCCAUUAAGCAAAAAAGACUAUGUGUAUGGAUAUAUAUAUAUAUAUAUAUACGUAAAUAGCCUGCACUUGAAUAAUUUCAAGGUAUUUUGCAGCUGACCAUAAUUCCACAAAUAGUUCCUGGCUUAAACCAACCUGUACUGUAUGCUUGACAUUCAACUUGGGAGAAAUAUCUAAAUGAAUCGCAUGUAAAACGGUAGCAUAGGAAAAAAUCAUCGUACUGUGGUGGCGGAUGAGUACAGAAGUUCUCUUAGUGGAGGUCCUUUAAAUUGAGGUGUUACUUAAACUGUAUUGCCCUGGGUACAUUGCAAGUUCAAGAGGUGUGGGAAUGAAACUGCCUUAAGCUGCUGAUUAACCAUUUAAUUGGCAGUUAAAAAGUGAGCCAUCAUGGGCUAGCUUAAUUGUUUAUGGAAAUAUAUACAAAGUGUAUUUUUUUAUAUUUAAAUUCUACAACGUGCCAACCCAUUAGGUCAUAACCUUGAUAAACAGUUUUAAAAAGGUUUUUGAAUUAGAGUAACUUUCAAAAUUUCAUUUGCUCCAAAACCAUGCAGUAAUAUGAAUUAGUUUUUUAGAGAUUUUUAGUUUAUACCUUUUAAGAAAUCCUGGUUGGAUUAUUCAAAGUUGACUCUUCUAUACUGGAACUUUGAUAAAAUGUGUUUUUGUGACUCAAGAUCUGAGUUUUGUAAAGGAAAAGUCUGAAGAAAGGAUGAUUCAACAAAACAUGAAUAGAAUAGUCUGUAAAUAAAACUGAAUAUAAAAAUUUUUUCUUUUAGUUUUGAGGGUAACUUUUUUUUUAUGCCCAUUGCAUUUCUGUUAAUAGUAAUCUGGUUAAACUCACUUUAUAACAACUACCUGUCUAAAAACAUUGCGAAAGAACACUACAUAACGGCUCAUGAUAUGGAUGAUUAUAACAAUAUCUUCGAGUGCCGAGCACAAAAGUAACAAGUUGUUCAGGACAAAGUUUAUCCAGUCGAAGACUAAGAAAAAUUCUGAGUAAAUUGAAAUUUAAAAUAAAAAAAUGUUUAUCGCUGGAAAGCAAACAGGUGGUAUGAGUAAUAUUUGGUGGUGAUUUUCCAACAGCUAAAUGAAACAAACAAAAUGUAUUCCCUCGGAGAUCCCCUUCAGUUCCUUGAUGUUUUGUCUGCCUUUCUUUUUUAACCUUGAAAACAGAGGUCACGAGGCUUUUGCAUUUAUGCCAGUUUUUUGUGCUACCCUCUUUUAGUGUUAUUUAUUCAUGCUUGAAAUAGCAUGACAGUACUUUCUGUGCUCAAACUUGGUUUCGUCCUUUCUAUGCUGUUGUAUGUCUGCUGCAGAUAGUUAAAGUUCUUAUACCAAUCUGCAGAGGACACCUCUACUGAACAUUCAGAUGCCUUGUUUGUAGUAAACAACCUUUGUGAGAGUUUGCAUAACCAUCAUAAAUGAAAUAAACAGUGAUAUCCAGUCAGAGAAGGAUUGCAAGUAGAGGCAUUCAGUAUUAACUGAUGUGCAAUACACUAUACCUCGAUAAGGAAUGGGAUGAUCUGUGUAUAUAUUGUUUAUAUAUAUUUUAAAAAUAUAUAUAACAUAUAUGGUAUCAAACCCUCACUUCAGUGGAUUUCCAGGGUUAAAGUUUCAGAUGACCUGGUUGUUAGUUAAUCCCUCGAUCCAAGAUGACCUGUGCAGUGCUUUUCCAGCCUUUACUAAGGCCAGCAGAAAUAAAAAAGGGUGUUUUCUCAAGUGUCCGUCAUACCUAAGGCAAGUGUGUGUUUUGGUUCUGGGAUGUCUUCGGUUUCCUUUUAGGCUAGGCAAUAUUUUUCCAUCGAUUGUUUUAUCCAGAUCCAACUUGACAUGACUUGAUUUAUCUCGGUCACAUUAAGCUCUGUGUAAAAGUGUCUAGAUGCUGUGUAUUCACCUACCCUACUGAGCUUUAUUACUGUACAUUAGAGCACAUCUGUGCUGCGUUCGGCAUCAAAGCGACGGCGUUCUUAUUAUUAGGACGGACAUCUAUGCCUUGGUAUGUUACGAAGUAAGAAAACUUUGUUCUCAAAGGGACUUGUAGUGUAGUUAUUUAUUGUAGAACAUUGGAGUAGGUCACCCAAAGUUUGAAUACCAAGUGGGUUAGACAGAAAAACUGUUUCGGGAAAUACAUUGAAGAGAGGGUAUGAUGCUGUAUGUCGUGUAUGUACUGUGUAUAAAGUACACACAGGCUAGCAUAUACAGUACAUAUAUAAAUGGUUGUUCUUAUGUAUAUGCUUGGAAGUGUGCAAGUGUGUAAGAUAUAUUACUGUGUAUGUAUGUGCGUGUAUAUAUACAGUACAUAUGUGUGAGUAUGUAUGCAUACAUUUUAGUAAUUUUUUUACUUUUGUUGCUUGACAUCUGUCUCCAGUUCAUUCAUUGUGUGUAUAGUAUGUAUGUAUAUAUACAUAUGUGUGGGUAUGCAUGUACAGUCAUUAAUAAAUCUUUUAUUUGUUUGACAUUCUGA